CAAGUUUUCAAGUCUGUGACGAUGGCAGACGGCCUCAGCAUCGCCUCCAGCAUUGUCGCACUAGUUGCUUUUGCUUUCAAAUCCAGCACUGUUCUCUAUACGACCGUCCGCGACUUCCAGAGCCAGGAUAAGAACGUCCGCGCGCUGAAAAACGAGCUAGCCGACCUCAGAGGGGUUUUAGAGUCACUAGCCGAAACAGUUAACACCAAUUCAAACAUCAGUUUUGACGCUCUAAAGCUUCCUUUACUUCGUUGCGGCAAAACCUGCGAGGAGUAUGGCGACCUCAUUGCUCGGUGCACGAAGCAUUCCGGCUCAUCUCGACCAAGCUUUCGGGAUUGGAUCAGCCAGCAGUACCUCAAAGGAGACAUAACUGAUUUCAGAGAGAUGCUUGCUGGAUACAAAUCCACUAUCAAUAUAGCGCUGGCCGAUGCAAACAUGCGCAUGGUUUCCUCAAUAACGCCUGACGCACUUGAAGAAUACAAGGACUUGAUACGCGAUACGACGAGCGAUCUACAGGAGCACAUGACACGAUUGGACGACAGAGUACGGGCUUUAGCUGCUUCCGAGGCUGAGAGUUCCGUCCGAGAUGAGCCUGAGUGGAUGGCUAUGGUGGAAGAGAAGCAGAGUACUCAGGAAGGAUUAAAGAUCUGUUCACAACUAUCUGCCCACAUUGAGCGACUCGAAUCAGCCUCGAAGGAGAACCCGCAGUUCUCACAACAGCCUUCAGCAUACAAGUUCAUCAGGAGUGGCUUGGGUGCCACCAAAGGCUCUAUCCAAUCCCUAGUUUCACGGCUUCAAACCCAUGAGAACGACAUUGACAAAAGAAUGGAAGCGAUGAGGUCUACAGUGCCCUUAUCUGAGCACGAGGCUACCCAACUUGCACAGCUCCAAGAGACCAAGGAGAGCCUUCGCCAAUGCAUGAGCGUUGUCGCUGAUGCGGGCGAGACUUUGUCCAAUGAGCGGUACAACGUCUUCGAAGACAUCACAAUGGCUGACAACAGCUACGGCAUUUCGGUCUCGACUGUGAAAGACCUCGUGAUUGCGAGACGGCUCAACUUGAGCGGCAAGGCCCGUUAUUUGGGCGGCCAGAUCAGCGAUGAGAGCUACCAGAGAACAAUCGACGGCCUGACACAACUAGACCUGGAAAGUGUGAAGUCAAAUGGACAAGGCGUCGGGCAAACAUCUUCUGCUGAUGGGCCUAACCGUGGCGGCGCAGUAUCGCAUGGGUUUGAGCGCUAUGGGCGUGGUUUCAACCUACCAGAUAAGCAGUAG